AUGAGCAAGUCGUCUAUCACCAAUGACAGGCUUGUCACGCUCGUCCCUUUCCUCGUCGCCCUUGGCGACUACCAGAAGAAGGGGGUAGGCGUGGACAUGAUGCUGAAGUCAGUACUCAGCAUUGUGCGCCUGUGCAUGAUUUACAGCACUGAGGCACAGGACAGGAAAAGAUUCUUUAGGCUAGCCGACAGCAUCAUUGAGUGCCGCAUGCUGUGCAACUUCGGCCGUCCUGCAAUGACGGUCAGUCAAGGACUGAAAAUGUUUGCCAUGAGAGAUGAGAUGGAGUUCUGGCACUGGCUUUUCACCUGUCUCUCCUUCUUCUGGCGGGUGCCAGAGCAGCUGAGCGGUGACCUCAGCUACCUGCAGAAGGUUGUGUUUCACAGCUGGAGUCGCGAGGCAUUUUCAUUCUCCUACCGCUUCUUCAAGUCCUUGUCUCUGACAUGCUGUGUAAUGAUGGAGCUCACUCGUCGCUCGACGCUGCAGCGGGCGCUGCGUGAUGCCGCUACACCGAAGCAGCGUUUGCACGCGAGCCUGGACAUGAGGGUGUCGAACGCGCUGAUUGUGCGGUCUCUGUGUGACAUGUACGUGUACUUCAAGUGGAUACCGAGCUACCACCCAAACAAGACGGUCGAGCUCUUGUGCGGCUUCGUGUCUGGCAUCAUUGGCAUGUGGCUUGUUUGGAAGGACACGCGGUACAUUCUGUCGCCACUUCCUGUGAUGAAAGCUGAGACCCCGAUGCCGUCUCCGAGCGAGGACGCACUGAAGCGCGCCGUGUGCGUGCUGGGCAGCCAGGGGGACGGUAGCGAUGUCGCCAGCGGUAGCGGCGAAGAUGGCUGA